GAGUGGCUGAGGCACGCACGGCAUGGAGGAGAGCAGUGCCACUAAAAACUGGUGAGGAGUCUGCUCCGGACCUCUCUGGCUCCCCCAAAUGCUGGGGACCAGCUCCCCUGGGCUGAAGGAGACGACUGGGGAACCACCUGGGAAGAACACUUCACCGCUAAGGGCUUGAAAAGGCCUUGGGUCCUUACUGCCUACUGAGAGCCAGGGGUUCGGCCCAGCCCUGGGACAAGAGGUGCGGACCAGCUCCCAGCAUGUACUCCUUCAGCAGCCUGGCGCCCGGGGAAGGCAUCUGGCCUCCCCUACAGCCCCUCCCCUAUGCCUACCUGACUGGCCCUCUGCUGCUGCCCCCCAUCCACGCUCACAGCUUCUGCAGCCGGCCCCCCGGCCUGAUCGCAGGUGAGUGGCCGGCUCCGCGGGAAUACCACUGCUUCCACGGCCCGGGCGCGCCCCUGGCGGCCGCGCCGCCCUCGUGGGCCUUCCCGCAGGCCUACGCCGCGGCCCUGCGCCCGCGUUUCCCCGCUCCAGGCUGCCUGGGGCCAUCGCUACGAGGGACCGCGGCGGAGGGGAGCGCGGCUGCCCGGCGCGAGGCCCCGUGGCCGGAGGGCGCCAGCCAGCAGGCCGAGCUGCGCUGGGGCCGCGUGGAGCGCGCGCUGGACCCGCGCCUCGAGCUGCCGGACCUAGUGCGCCGGGAGCUGCGGCGCGUGUACGGCACGUACCCGCGCACCGACGUGCGCGUCACCUACCGCGGCGGGCAGUUCCUGCUUCGGGCCGCGCCGCGCGUCCGCGAGCACGAGUACCGUGUGCAGAGGCGCGUGCUGCGGCCGCCCGCCAGCGGCGACAGCGGCGACAGCAGCCCGGCCGCGGAAGCGGCGGAGUGUGGCCGCCGGAGGAAGAGGAAAGGCCCGAGCUGAGGACGCCGCAGGGCCCGGCGGCCGGCCC